AUGGCCCCAGGCUCCACCUGCGAGAUCCGGUGCCGUCUUCCCUAUGCCGGUGGCAUGGGGCUAGCCACGUGUCCACCGGACAACACGGAUCCGGAAGGAGAAGCCUUCUGGACUAAGCCACUCUGCAGCUUCUUCGAGUGCCCGGAUCCGGCUGUGCAUAGCAGAAACUACACACAGGAUCCGGGCUCGCCAGUUGGCUGGCGCUGCUCAGAAGGCAUGAACGGUAUCGCAGCAAAGCGCUGUGAAAGUGCGCCGUCCCUGCCGAUGGAAGAUGCAAACUGGCCGGCCUGUGAAGUUCAGGAAGGCUUUCUGUCGGGAUGUGGCAUCCCACAGUCAUGUGUGCCGCUGGAGGCCACGGAGGUUUGGGACAGUUGCGUUCUUGACAACUCCCACUGCGGCGAGAUGGUGCCGAACAGCUUUUGCGAGGUUAGAUGCCGACCGCCUUAUGUUGGAGCUCCAACCUUUGCAAGGUGUCCUACCUUCAACAUCGAUCCGUACCAUCCGGUCGACUGGGUGCCACCCACUUGCGUCCUAGAUUGCCCAAUGCCGGAUCCUAUGCCAGAGGGAUACGAAUUGGCCCGCCAGGGUGAGGCUGGCGUGGAGAUUUUGGACGAGUGGCGUUGUGCUCCAGGCUAUAUCGGCCAGGCAGUGUCCAGGUGCGUCUUCAACAAUGACACAGAAUGCGGCGUCGGGCAGGUGCUUUCUGGAUGCUUGAAGCUGGAGCCAUGCGUGCUUCCUUCUAUGGCACAUUGCAGUGUGAACUUCUCCGAGUGCCUUCAGUUGGGCCCUGGCGAGUCAUGUUCGGUCACCUGCAAGGCAAGCUAUGCUGGCUUCAUCCGUCCAGUGGAGGAGGACGAGGACGAACUCAACGCUAGCAACUUCAGCAACUAUAGCAAUGGCAGCAAUGGCAGCUUCAUCACCAACAUGUCCAAUGCAACAUAUGACUGGCCCUCGGAGCCUCCAUUGCUCCCGGUGGACGCUGUCAUCGGGCUCUGUCCGGCUGAGAACACAAUUGCAGGACGUGAGUUCGACAUGCCGGAGCUGAUUUGUGUGUUUGAAGACUGCAUUGAUCCGCACCCGAUUCCAGAGCCGUACAUGAAGGUGCAAGCUGCCAACUCCAGUGAGGACAUGUGGAGCUGUGCUCCGGGGUUCGCGGGCAAUGCUACUGCCACAUGCGUCAUGCGGGAGGACUGUGUAGGUGAGUAUGAGCUGUCGGAAUGCCUUCCUGUUGCUCCAUGCGGUGUUCCAGUUGUUGAUCUCUGCCUCUUCCAGGCAGGUGCCCCGGGCAUGGCCAUCUGCCCGCAGAUGAACACGGAGACAGGAUACAUCUCCCUCACUGCGAGUCUCCCUGCAUCUACCUGGAAGAAGUUCAGGUCACGUGGCUUCGGGGCGAGCGUGGCUUCCAUGAACGACUUUGACCUCUUUGCUUCAACGGGCUACGCAAGUUGUGAGGAUGCUGGCACUUGCCCGGGUGAGAAUGCCACAGGUUGGACCUGCGCUGCGGGCUAUGGCGGCAACGCGACCACCACUUGCCUGAUCGAUGCAGAGAACAACUGCAGUGCCAGCUAUGUCUUCAGCGGCUGCAGCCCCCUCACCAUCUGCGCGGGCAUGCAGAAUCCUGACCUAUGCAGGUACAUACACAGUUGCAUCCCCGGGCUGCUUCCUGGCGAGCAGUGCGAGUUCCGAUGCAAGCCGCCAUCCUUCUUGGGCGAUCCAACGACAGGGACCUGCCCCAUAGACAACACGGAUCCACUUCGUCCUCCAGUUGUUCCCGUACUGCCAAGCUGCGAACCACAGUGCACGGAACCUGCAGAGCCUCCGCAAGGCUACAAUCGCUCUGGUGCCCUGUGGACAUGUGCCGACGGCUACCUUGGCUCCGCGGUGCCAAGCUGUGCUCCAGACCGGAAUUGCGUCAUGCGAUUCACUUUGAGUGGCUGCGUGGAAAAGGAUGCUCGGUUGAACUUGCAAACGCGAGCAGACAGGUCAUGGGGUACAGGGCGCUCGAAGACUCGAGUAGGUGCCCUGCUCCAGUCCACCAUUGCCAAGCAGCUGCGAGUAUGCCGGGGCCUAGCAAAUCUUAGCUAUUCUGUCGUCGUGAAGCCAGCAUGGCCACGAGAAGAGCACGCAUUGGGCGAUUUGAUUGUGACACGGAAGAGCAUGGCCAAUGGUCACGAGCUGCCCUGCCCAGCUGCUGCCCGGAGACGGCUGCCAGAUCGAUUGCCAAGUCCCAUUCUAUGGGAACUCUACAAAUGCUACCUGCCAGGUGAUGAGAACAACACGGUGCUGAAUGAUGCUCCGAGCUUCACGCUGCCCAACUGUAGCCUGCAAUGUCUCGACCCUCCCGUCAACCUUACGGAGGCAUAUGUGGAGACCCCAAAUGGUUGGGAGUGCAACGAGAGUGGCUACCUUGGAACGGUGGUAAGCUCAUGCUACGCGGACGCUUCUUGCACAGGGAUCCUGCUGCUUUCUGGUUGCCUUCCUGUGGUGCCUUGCUUGACUCCGGAUCCGCGAAGCUUUGAUGAAUGCCAGUUCAACUUCACCGGCCCGCGUCCCAGUGUGCCAAGAGGCAAAGCGAGGAGGAACAUCCAGAAGAUGCAUUUCUUGGCUUUUCUUGCGCGCCUUCUCUUCUUGCAUGUGGUCAUGAAAGGCUGUGAUGCCCUGACGCCGGGGUCCACUUGCAACGUGUCCUGCCAAGCUCCAUACAUAGGCAAGGGGAUGGAAAGUGGGUGCUUGUUGAGUGCCAGCGAACUGAGUGCUGGCGAAGUAGAGAGCCGAUCCAUGACUCUGCUUGGAGGGAGCAGUACAACCGCCAGCUGCAAGGAGAAGAACGUGAAUCCACUGGAGCCCAUCCAAUACGACAGGCCCAGCUGUGAGCUUUUGUGCCCGGAGCCGGACCCUCCACCUCCAGGCUAUGUCCGAGGGCCGGACGCGUGGACGUGUGCACCAGGCUAUACGGGUACCGCCUCUGCGAGUUGCUUCAUGGACCGUUUCUUUUCGGGCGGAGGGGCGAUCUGCAUUACGAGGAUGCGUGCUACUUCAGCCGUGCUGGUUUCCACCAAGCUGCCCGGCACAGACAACCCGGGCUUGCAAACGCACAUGGGGUCUUUAGGCGAUGUCUGUGACUACGACACCUCCAACUGCAGCCUGGUGCCGGCCGGAGGGACCUGCCAGGUGUUCUGCCGAGUGCCGAUGGGAGGUGGGCCCGCGAUUGGUCAUUGCCCGUCCACCAACACUGAUCCCAAUACCUACGUCGACGUGCAGAUGCCGAACUGCUUCCUUGACUGCCCCAUUCCGGAAGAGCUGCCAUCGGAGUAUAACAUCAGCUACACAGCCGUGCGCGCGGACGGGUUGGCCGUGUCAACAUUUUCCACUGACCCUCUGUCGGGACGACGUGCACGCAUCGAGCGCGAGGGCUAUUUCAUAUGUGCAGAGCUGCACGCUGGCAACUUGACGGUGUCUUGCUCAAUCGACCUGAAUUGCCAGUGGCGGAUCGAGUUUGCUGGCUGCAAGCCAACGGUCGCCUGCAAAGCCUUAGAUCUGAACACGCCUCCCUGUGGCCUCAUUGGCCCUGGCUGCGACGUUGUUGUCGCCGGGCGUAGCUGCGAGGCGUCCUGUGCUGCACCUUGCACGGGCGAGCCCUCGACACUCAGCUGCCCCCUUGGCAAUACAGACUCGGAGCAGAUGUUGGCUGGAAAGAUGCCCCAGUGCGUCACAGAGUGCGACUUCGUACCUCCCGGCUACCGCCGCCACAAAGCAAGUUGGGAUGGCUGGGAGUGCGCUGAGGGCUAUGUCGGAGCGGCCAGGGUAAGCUGCGUACCAUCAGGUCCUGGCCGAGUUUGCGACACUGAAAUCCUACUCGAGGGCUGCGAUGAGAUGUUGCCUUGCGGUGCAGGCGUGUACGAUGCGUGCAAAUACGACUUGAGUGACUGCAUGAACGUGCCAAGCCUCUUGUGCGCUGUUGCGAGGAGUGAGACAUGCACAAUCCGCUGCCGCUACCCGUACACUGGGCCAGACUUCAACGCGACCUGCGCCUCUGAGAACAUCGCCGCGAAUGCCGGCCUAGUUUGGGACCCUGAUCAGUGUGUGCUGGCAGAUUGCCCAGAUCCGAAUGUCACUGAGGAGAGCUCAUUCGAAUCUAGCCGGCAUUUUGCUGCUUAG